AUGAAAGCAUAUGUCAGAGGUGUCCAUCCGUUCCUGUUCAAUACACAAGCAUCCAAAGUACUUCCUCUUAGAGAAGCCAGAGCCCAGUUUGGAGCACUAUCAGGUGUCUCAGUCACACUCUCCAUUUAUGCACUCCACCACAACCCCAAGGUGUGGCCAAACCCAGAGGUGUUUGACCCUUCCAGGUUUGCAUCAGAUUCUCCCCGGCACAGCCACUCAUUCCUGCCCUUCUCAGGAGGAGCAAGGAACUGCAUUGGGAAACAGUUUGCUAUGAAUGAGCUGAAAGUGGCUGUGGCUCUGACCCUACUGCGCUUUGAGCUGCUGCCCGAUCCAACCAGGGUCCCCAUCCCCUUACCACGACUUGUGUUUAAAUCCAAGAAUGGGAUCUACUUGCAUCUCGAGAAGAUCCACUGA